AUGGAAACGAAUCGGAACAUUAAAGUACUUGUUACCGGUGCAUCAGGCUACAUUGCCAUACAUUGUGUUCAUCAGCUUUUAAAGGAAAAUUAUACUGUACGUGGUACCGUACGUGACCUCAAUAAUGACCUCAAAAUUGAACCACUGAGAAAACUUGAAGGAGCUGAUGAACGUUUGGAAUUGGUUGAGGCGGAUCUGGAAAGCGAUCAGGGUUGGGAACAAGCAACAACUGAUUGUACCUAUGUAUUACAUGUUGCAAGUCCUUUUCCGACUGUCACAGAUGAAUCAGUGAUUUCAACUGCAGUAGACGGUACUUUGCGAGUACUACGAGCUGUUUCAAAAUCAUCCGUUAAAAAAGUUGUUCUUACCAGUUCCACUGCUGCCAUCAAUGAAGGUCACACGGAUAUGAUGCGAACAUUCACCGAAAAUGAUUGGAGCAAUAUUGACACAGGAAAUGUGAAUGAUUAUGUGAAGAGUAAAACACUUGCCGAGAAAGCUGCAUGGGAUUUUGUCCAUAAGGAAGGCGUUAAAUUCAAGCUAACUGUAAUCAAUCCGUCGCUUGUUGUUGGACCUCUUCUUCAUAACGUACAAGGAACGAGUAUCAGUAUAAUACGUCGUUUUUUGAAUAGUGAAAUUCCCGUAGUGCCAGCUGUUCAGUUUGGUUUAGUAGACGUACGUGAUGUAGCGCAAGCACAUGUACGUGCAAUGCGAGAACCCCGUAGCGAUGGAUUACGAAUUCUACUAAGUUAUCAGCCAAGUUUUUGGUUUAUCGAUAUUGCUAAUGUUCUUCAUGAUGAAUUCUCAUCGCAAGGUUAUAUUAUUUCAAGAAUUAGAGUACCAUAUCCAAUAGCAUGGCUUUAUUCAUUGUUCAGCAAGGAAGCAAAACAGCAAAUACUGAAUCGUUUUGGUUAUGAAGUGCAUUUUGAUAAUUCUCUCGCAAAAAAAAUUCUUGGAAUAGAAUUUAUAGACCCUAAAGAAUCGAUCAUUACCAUGGCAUAUGAUAUCAUUGAGCGCAAUAUGGCACCAAAACGACGAAAUUACCGUGGACCACCUGCGAAAACUUCUUUAAAUGUAUGA